GAACAAAACUAGCUUGCGGGAAGGUAACGAAAACGCGUUGCAUAUUAUUUAGUUCAUUCACGUCACAGUCAUCACAGAGCAAAUCCAGGUACCGGACUCAAAAUUACGCUCUCUGGCAUUUUAUUUUGACUUCCGCAAAUAUUGAGAAUUUAACAGAUUAAUUUCCAGUUGAAGUCUGCCUUGCUUGACAUCUGAAGUUGAAUUGCCUGUAGGUUGCAACGGGUAGUCUCUUCGCCUCGGAUAAGCAGCUGCUCCCGAUCCUCCAGUAUUUUCUGCCCUGCGAGUGCGACCUUGUCCACGGGACUUCUGCCGGGCUAGCGAACCGGUUAUGAAUGUGAUUGGUCUCGCGAAAGCGACUAGCCACUCUCGUGAACAGCAGUCAGCUCUGCACAGCUCAGAAGCUUCACCGCGCCGCCGUCGACUCUCAUCAUACCGGUAGUGACAUAGGCUUAGACUCAGUCCACUCACCACAUGUACUGGCUGCAUAUUUUGCAGCAAAUUUUUUCAACCUGCAUGAUAAGUGUCCUCAAAUUACUGUGUGACUACAAGCAGACAAGAAUAGAGUAGUUGUACGAUUUUCCUGGAAAAGACAUGAACAUUUACAAUUGCAAGCUCUGAUGAAUUUCAAGUAAUCCACCAUGGCGGAAACAUUGACAAUCACACCAGUACUCCAUGACAAUCCCAACACAACUACAGGACCUCCAUCGACACCCAAUGCAACAGUACUUGCCUUCCAGAAUCUUAUCCCCGCUCUUGUCCAAUGCUUUACGAUCAUCUUAUUCGGCUACUUUGCGGGACGGACGCGUAUCGUUUGUCCGUCACAGGCAAAGGGUCUGGGGCAAUAUGUCUCAUACUUUGCUCUACCUGCAAUGCUGUUUAAAUCACUGGUAGAACUGGAUUUCAGUCAGGUGAACUGGCUAUUUUUUGCCAGUGUGUUGAUUGCCAAAGCAAUUAUCUUCACUGUGGUCUACAUUGGAACCCUGUUGCUAGGUGGGGAUGGAUCCUUAGGCAAGGCGGGUCUGUACAGCAUGUUUGCUACACAGAGUAAUGACUUUGCUCUUGGAUACCCAAUUGUGGAAGCUCUAUACGGCACCAGUAACCCUGAUAUGAUUCAGUACAUCUAUAUCUUUGCACCCAUCAAUCUCCUGUUCCUCAAUCCUUGGGCAUUCCUGUCCUUAGAAGUUCAGAAGACCUCCAGGGCAAACGAACGAAGGAGCAAAGCCUUGGUUGCUUGGUCAGUCUGUAAAGGCCUCAUCACCAACCCAAUCUUCACAACCGUCUUCAUUGGGAUCAUCUUCAACUUUGCCCUCUCCCAGGGGUUACCAAAGAUCCUAGACGACAUCCUAACCUCCUUGGCUAACUCCUUCGGAGCAACAGCUCUCUUUCUCCUGGGUAUCAACAUGGUAGGGAAGGUCAAACAACAGAGUGGCCUGGCCCUGGUCUCACCGGCACUACUUAUUGCUUUCAAAUUGUUGGUGCUUCCUCUUGUUACCAAUCAGCUGGUGUAUGCUCUUAACCCUGGUGGAAGCAAUGAGACCUUGACAGACUCCUAUGCAUCGUUUGGUUUCCUCUACGGUUCUCUUCCCACUGCUCCUACUGUCUUUCUCUAUGCAACUCAUUAUCAACAGUCUAUGGAUAUGAUUGCCCCUACCAUGGUCUAUUGCACAUUUGUCUCCGCCCCCUUCAUGUUUAUUACGGCUACCAUGGUGAUGAUUCCCAUGGCAACAGAAGGUCAAUACCACAAUGCCCUUUCUGAUGGUGCCUUUGAUGUGAGCUGCAUUGGCCUUGCAUCAGCAAUCUGGGUUUUUAUCAUAUUUCUCCUGAGAAGAAAAACAUCUCAUUUCCCUCAUCAAUUCACAGCCAAUCUUAUUGUAGCUCAGGCUCUUGCUGCAUUUGGAGUGAUCCUCUGUCACACGAUUACCUUCAAUACUUACUGGGCUAAAGUCCUUCACUUCAUCAUCAUGUUGACCGGCGUGUUCGGUGCCCGCUGCUGGACAGCAAUGGUGGCGCUAUCACUUUUCCUUCUACGUUACCGAAGCACCUGCUACGUCAUCAAACAUCGCUUCUGGUUUUAUUUCUAUGGAUGGGGGAUUCCAGUGAUGACAGUAGGGAUUCUUGUUGCUUUGCUGCCAUUAGAUAAUGAUGAUGUAGAUGUCCUCUAUGAGAUAGAAAAACCACAGCUCAUAGCCAGUAUCAUCAUCCUCAUCCUCAACCUGGUGUUGAUAUUGGUAUCCCUGAUUGGAUUGCAUCGAUGGGACCGUUUCCGUCGUCAAGGUUACCAACCAAUCAUGGGCAAUGACUCUGAGGAGAGUGAGAAUGAAACCAGGACCAAUGGUCAUUUAGGCACCAAGCAAGCUCUUCUUAAAGAAGGCAAGAGUUCUCACGACUCACCCACACUCCUCUGUGACGAUUCUCUGUCUUCCUCCUCUACAUCGUCAUCAUCACCAAUCCACCUCGCCGACAUCGAGGACCUCACCAGUCUCAACGCUGCCAUCAGUCGUCAGAUGUGCAGCCGCCAUUUUGGCUGUUCCCGUUACCAGAGCGGCGAGUGCCGUCGUCUGCUACUGAGGAGGAGCAUGGUGGAGAUAAGUCGGCAGGAAGAGGAGGAUGCGGUGCUCUUGAAUGAAGCCGAGAGGCAUCAGCUUGGCCGUCAUAUCUUGCUGCUGUACUUCCUCAUGUUAUCGAUGGUUGUGGCUGUAUCCCUUUGUUUCUGGAAGCUGAUUGGUUCAAGUCAAUCAGGGAUCUUCUUGGAAUUGUCCUUCCUUGAUUGCAUCCUUAAUUAUGGCCAAGGAUUCAUUGUUUUGGCUAUCUUUGGCUUUGACACAGAGAAUGUCAUCAUGCCAGUAAUUAGAUUGAUAAGGAAAUGUAUCUAUGGUACUGAGAAAGUUCGUCUACCCCGCAAAAACUCCCUCAGUCCAGAAGUUAUGCAAACUUGUGAACAGUUUACGACUCACCACCUUGCGCGAUGUCGGGAUGUCAUUGUUGCAGAUAGAAAGUACCAUUUGCGGACGUACAAGAAUGUUUUCCGUGGGUCAGACCUUGUUGAUUGGCUCUUAGAGGUUGGUCUUGCCGAGGGUCGCAUUGAGGCUUCCAACUAUGCAACGCGCCUUCUGCUUGGACGCAUCCUAGAACACACCCACCAGGAACAUCAUUUCCAUGACAACGGACUAUUCUUUAGAUUCAUUGAGGAUGAAGAAGAGGGUGGAGGGAUCAGAGAUGAGAUGGAGGAGAAUGGCAAUGAUAAUGGUAUGGAAGGCCAGCAAAGAACAGAAUCGUCAUGACAUUGGAAGCAUUCCUUAGAAGAUGAAUAAAUCAGACAUUUUUCUUGAUAGACAUUGUGAAGCACAAUGCAAUUCUAGUUAAGUAGAGAUUGCUGGUUCAAGCUUUUGUGUGUAAAACUUCCAGAUUGUUGAAAGAGCUCAGCCUUUCUAAGGAGGUUGUAGAAUUUAGAUGUCGACAAGAGAGUAGAGACCUGGUCUCCCGCUAAACUGUUUGGGGAUGACUUAGUAGAUCAACCCCUGAACAAUAAUUUAUAUACUUGAAACUCUAUAGAGUGGACAAGAGCAGGACAGAAAGAGGUGGAAAGGGGUGAAGUGUAGCAGAAUAACAAUUAGUGUGAUCUUCUACGAGAUACUUCAAGCUUAUCAUGAUCUCAGCAUGUGGAAAGACUGUAGAAUAGUGAAGAAUAAUGCUUAUUCUGAAUCUGAUGACCGGGGUAAUAAUAUAUCUGUAAAGUGCUUAGACAUGUGUUUUUGCUCCUGAAGAGGACCAUGGUAAGUCAAUGUUUCGUCAAGUCCAUGUGCGGUCUUACCUUCUUCGGGAGAAAUUAGAAAGAAGGUGUACCUUGACACCUCUUAUUGGAUGCCGUCAUUGAAAUUCAUACACAUUUGUAUAGUAACUUGAAAUAUUUGGGAUUGAAAGUGGACAACCAUGUUUCAUGGUUUUUCUCUGUAUGACCAUUUUAUAAUGAUACAUUACACCAAAUUCCUAUGGUGAUGAGAAAAUUACAGGAGUAAGAAAUUAGAGUGAUAUGUUAUCACAAAAGAGGAGUCCAUGUGUGUGAUUCGUAGAUUUGUGCAAUUAGUCAGUGAUUUUAAAUAUCUCAGACUGCUCGUCUUUAAUUUGUAUUUUGAGUAGUAGGCAGGUAUUCUGAAGUCAGGUUUAACUUAGACCUUGGUCCAACUUUGUGCUAAGAUUAUGGAAAGCCAAACAUGUCAAAAUUUUCCUUACAUCGAAUGUUUCUUAUGCUUACUGUGCUCUUUCCUAACUCGUAAAUGGUGAAGAAAGUUAUCUUAUUUAUCUUUCUGAAAUAGUUAAGAAUGAUUUUAGCGAAAAAUGAGCUGAAACAUUUAUAUUAUAUUGUUAGAGAUUUAUGCAACUAUUGGCAGUCCAUAGUUUAACCACAACUUUAAACCAGAGUUUAAAUUAAACCGAUUUCAGAAUACGGGCCAUAGUGUCUGAAAGAUUAAAAGUCCUAAAUACUAGAAGGAAAGAUUGUAAAUGUGAAAUGUAUAAUUUCUGUCCAUAUUCUCCAUAGUGCUAAAAUGUUUAUUGCAAUUAAAUAAGAAAAAUAUGCUAAUUUUCUUUGUGAUUGUCCAGUCAAGAUAAUGGUCUUUUAAGGCAUCAAUUACUUGAUAAAGGGUCUAUAGGGGCAAGCUUUGAUCACUACAUUCUUCAAAUUGGCAAUAAAUGUAAUGAACUACGUAAUUUGAAAAUGCAAAUUGAGCAAAAAAAAUUGAUGAAUUUUACAUUAGUAAUUCAUUCUAAAAUUAAAUGCAUUUUUUGUAUAAUAUUCAGAUAAUGCAAAAUGGGAUAUCAAACCAUUGUCAAUUUGAAGAAUUUAAGCUGACCUUUGUGAAAUCUUGUCAGAAGGCUUUUGUCACAAUGGAUAGAAAAUACCUGUUGAAAUGCAUGUAACAUCUUCAAUGUAGUAGAAACUGACAUGGCGAUUUUUUUUUUCUAUAUGCAAAUUAUUAUUUGUUACUUGUUAUUUAGAUAAUAUAUCUUUCUUUUUUUUCUAAAAGGAAUAGAAUACCUUUCUUAAUCACUUGUGAAAUGGAAAAAUAUUUUGUCAGUAUUCAACAAAGAAGUUCAAUCCAAUACAUGUGAUGUGUGCUCUUUAUGAAAUAAAGCUCAAACUACACACUUGUAGGACUUGCAACGUACAAUGGAAUGAGCCCAAUGCAAUAUUUAUUUUCUUGCAAUUAUGAUAGGUCCGGAGACCUCUGAUACAUAUUUAUUUGUAUUUCUUGUAAAAAAACAAAAUAACAUUUAAACCAAAGAGUUGUUAAUUAUUGUAUAUGGUAUCUUUAAAGUAAGUUUGGUGAUAGUUUGGUGAUAGUAGAAAUUUUGUAUAAAGUUCCUGAGCAGCUUGUUCAUGCAUUUGUUACUUCUCGCAUUGAUUGCUGUAACUCUUUGUUGUACGGCAUUCCCUUGUCUCAAGUAAAGAGGCUCCAACUUGUUCAGAAUGCCGCUGCACGUCUAGUUACCUAUACGCGGAGGUCUUCCCAUAUCACACCAGUCCUUAAGUCCCUUCAUUGGCUUCCUGUUCAACAUCGUAUCACCUAUAAAAUUCUUCUGAUAGCAUGUCGUGCGCUGACCUUCUCUUCACCAGAAUACAUCUCAUCUCUUCUUGAUUUUCGCAAACCUGGUCGCUCUGGUCUUCGCUCUUCUAAGACUUCUUCUCUUGAUCUCUCUAUUCCCAAAACCAGACGGUCAUGGGGAGAUCGUGCAUUUGCAUCAGCAGCUCCCCGUCUAUGGAACAAUCUUCCAACUAAACUAAAAGACUGUAGAUCAGUAGAACAUUUCAAGGCCAGUUUGAAAACUUAUCUAAUGGCCAAAUUGUAAGUUGUACCAGUAGUGAGUUAAGUUUAUUGUAAGCGCCUUGAGCACCCCUAAUAGGGUGGAUAUGUUUUGCGCAUUAUAAAUGUCUUAUUAUUAUUAUUAUUAUUAUGUGAUAUUUGAGCAGACACGUGUUCCAUUUUCUUUUUCCUUUUCAAAGAACUGUCAUGUAUUGUAAUGCACUAUGGUUCUUCUUGUUCUUUAUGUUAUUUAUUAUGGGUUUUGUUUAACCUGGAUAAUCUUUGAACAAAGAUUCAAAAUUUGGUUGUCAACAGGUGAAAAUAUUAUAUUGCUGUAUUUUACAACAUAUAAUACCAUGAUGCCUUUCUUGUUAUUUAUUCUGGAACCAUGGCCAUGUAACAUGUAGUUUAGCCAUUGAUCAUUUGUCUGAUUUCAUUGAUUGAUUGCAUUGGUUAUUGUGUACCGCAGAGUUGAACAAAUUUAUUCUUUAAUCUUUGGUGUGCAACAUUUAAGGUAUAGUGCUAAGUUGAUCUGGACAGUGGCUGCCAGGCCCAUGAUCAAUAUGAAUUUUCAGAAUAUUUCUAUACUGAAGAUUUCUUUUUCGAAUAAUAAAAUAAAGAUUUUCAUUUUCAUUUUUUUUCAACAGGAAGUGAGCUUCCAGGAAAACUAUACUUUGAAUCAAGGUUUUAAUCAGUUUAAACCAUGAUCAAUAUGAAUUUUCAGAAUAUUUCUAUACUGAAGAUUUCUUUUUCGAACAAUAAAAUAAAGAUUUUCAUUUUCAUUUUUUUUCAACAGGAAGUGAGCUUCCAGGAAAACUAUACUUUGAAUCAAGGUUUUAAUCAGUUUAAAAGAGAAACACUGAUUAAUGAAUUGCGUUUAGGUCGACCAACCAUUCAGGAUUAACAAGCAGCAGCUACAUCACAAUGAAGGCAUAAUUUACGUGCAUAUAUUAUGAAAUGCACAUAUUGAUAUGUUAAUUUGUCGUGAUCAAGAAUCUGCUGACCACUGAAUCCUCCGAAUUCAUGUAGGUCUUUUAUGGUGAUGAUGAGGAGAAGGAACAUUUAUAUUAAAAGAAUUUAUCAGUAACAAAAUUUAUAUACAGACCAAUGUGCUUAAUACUGUGUUAAAGUUAUGAUAGAGUUAAUCUACAUUCACUGUUACCAAGGUCAUGUUCUGAUUUUUAUGCCCUGGCCAGAAGCAUUAUGUGUAUGAUUUCAGCUUUUCCGUCCCUUUUUAUUGUAGCUAUAGAAUAAAAAAAAAUUGCUUGAACGUCAAUAUAAAACUUGGGUCAUGCAUGCAAAUUAGAAAUAAUAUGAUCAGAUUUUUGACUGAUGAACUCGAAGUUAUAACAGAAUAUCUAAACUUGGUAAUGACUGAAAUGGGUCAGAAAAUUUUGCAAGCAGGGCCCCAUUGCAUUAAAAAGUUACUAUUAUGGUUACUUCGCUAUCCAAUGUUAACUACCAUGGUAACGAUGAUUAACAGCCAAUCAAAAUCAAGGCUUCCAUGGAAGUUACCAUUGCAUGGCAAAGUUUACCAUAAUGCUAACUUUUAUGCAGCGGGGCCCAGAUGCUAUAAAAAUGCCUAUUUUUGAUGCAGAUUUGAAUCGACCAGAUGUGAUUUUUGCACAUUCUUUUGACAUUUUUAACUCUUUAUGUUUGUCAAUGAGCACAGAAUUCUAAAAUUGUGAUGCCUAUGAGCUACUUAAGUUCUAUGUACAGCGAUGUCUUAGUCUAGGUUCUUGCCAUUUGGUAGUAUUGAAUUUCAUUAAUUUUUGACAAAAUACAAAGGUAUUUUGAUUAAAUAUUUCCACCAUA